CCCUGAAAAGAAAGUGGGAUGUCUUCAACUCACACUGAUCAGAACACCGCAAAGAGUUGACUCAAAGUGCCCACACUUAAGCUGGGCCCUCACAAUUUAGAUGGCCAGAGCCUCUCCUCCAGACUUCCCAUAAGAGAUUGUGGAGAGGAUUUGCUGCCCCAAAAUGAAAUGAAGAAAAGCAAAUCAGUCUUUGAAAAGAAAUAGAAGCCUAAGGGAAGAGGAAUCAGAUCAGACACUAGGAAGGAAGAUGGAGGCAGGAAGUUCAGACAGCAAGAGGAAACUCAGCCAUGACCACAAAUCUUCCAGGUUACAAAGUUGCAAAGGCUCUGGAUCAAUUCAAGAGAAAGGCUGGACCAAAUGCAAAUGGCGUCCAGAGCCCUCAUGCAUCACCAGCCUCCUUUCUUAUGCAGCUAUUUCUGUAUUUUUCACGCUGGUCACAGUGAUUGUUCUAGAGGGAAACAUCCUGAGGCAAUAUCUCAAAGCAUCAUUCUAAGGAUACACACACCAGGAGGAAAAAUGGCCAAGUAUCUUCCAGUAUUCUGCUCACUUUUGUUCUUCAUCUUGAUACAUUGGGCAUUAUCUUCUGAUCAAGCUAGGAUUCACCAGAUAUUAUACUCUGCAACUAUUUUCAAUUAUGUCUUAGUUUCAGGCCGUCGAAACUGGUGGCCACCACAUGGAACUGUUAAGGUGAAAUGUCCAUAUAAGAAAGUAGACUUGAGUUGGUUCACUGGAACAGCGAACCCCUGCCCUGAUUUAUAUCAACCCAUCUGUGGCACUAAUUUUGUAACCUAUGAAAACCCCUGCAUCUUCUGUAUUGAGAGCAUGUCCUUCUGGCUUGCCUUCUCCCAGAUACCUUCAAUCUCUUAUGUGCCUGAAACUGAGCUAGGAUGAGGUGACUGCAGGAAGUCUCAUGGGAAAAUUAGGUUUCAAAAUGAUGGAAAAUGCUGAGUGGACUUGGAUGCCAGAGAGUAUUUUUUUCUUUCCAUCAUGACAAUCCUUCUCUUGCAAUUCAUCCCUCCUAACAUGUGAUAGUGACAGAGACCUGCCCCUGCUGAACUUGUAUCAGAUAACUGAAGGUUCCUUAGACCUCUUCCCUCCCUAAUAAACAAACUUUUCUGAA